UUUACGUACACAUUGCUGACAUUUUGAGAAGAAUUGAUAAGCGAUGGAAAAGAUAUGUUCGAUAGUAGUGUCAGUAUGUUUCUCAGUUAAUAUGGAUGUAGACGGUUGUUAAAAACAAAAACGCGAACAAGUGAGAAGUUUAUACUAAUAGGCAACAUUGUCUGUUUUUGUGCGGUUAUAUACCUAAAUGUUUUUUCAAAGCCAAAGAAUCUUUAGUAAAGACAGAAAUAUCUUAUAGUUGAGAUUAUUGCCGUGAAGGAAACAGAAGACACUUUUUUAUACUGGGUUUCCUUAUCCAUUUAAUGGCUAGUUUCAAUAACAAAACAAGAGAUGAAAUCCCAACAGCCAAGUUAUUAGCCCAGCUGAAGCCUUCUGAAUUGAAUGAGAAUUACCACCCUAGUGGUUGGGAAACAUGGAAAUGUGCUUUUGCACCUGACGAGUCAUAUUUUGCUUGGUCUUGUGGAAAUCGUCUAGUCACACUUGUACCUUGGAACAGAUGCAAAUCUACAUUGCCCCAGUUGUCAGAGGUUCUGGCUCAGCUUGUCCUUCCAAAGCCUGGAGCCAGAGCUUCGACAGAUGACACUGAUGAUGAAGGUCAUAAGCUUGUACAUAAAACUAUCACUAUUGAUUGUGGGUGCCUAGUGAGAUCUAUUGCUUUUGGGUCAGCCACAUCAGAAAAGAAGCACUUAGCUUCUAAAGCCUUCUGGACACACUUCAGUGUUUCGAAGGAUCUAGUCCUUGCCACUGGUCUUAACAAUGGUCAUAUUCGCACGUGGGAUAUAUUCACAGGACAUUUAAUCCUAGAGCUUAUGGACCACAGGAGUGUGGUAACAGAUAUUGCAUUUGCUCCAAAUGGUAGUCUACUUUUGGCAUCAUCAUCUCAGGAUGCAACAAUCAAGUUCUGGGAUCUCAGUGAUGAUGGAAACAUGUUCAAAACUCUCAGGAUGAAUGGGAAGGCUGUGUAUUGUUGUGCUUGGUCUCCUGAUGCCCAUAUGUUGGCAACUGUAGGAAUGUGUACAUCUGUAUAUGUGUGGGAUACUAGUUCCUUCAGUCUGAAACUUCGACUCAGUGGCCAUAAAUAUGAUGUUGUUUCCUGUGAAUAUUCUCCUGAUGGCUGUCUCAUAGUAACAGUAUCAUGGGAUACACAAGCUAUACUUUGGGAUGCUUACACUGGAAUGAAGCUUAAGUGCUUUGGUCAUCUAUUUCCACCUCCGAGACUUAUCUAUGCAUCAGGAGCUAAUGGAACGUGGGUACGGGGAGUAUCCUUCUCUCCUGAUGGAGCUCAUAUAUCAACAGUUGCAGAUGAUGGUUACAUGCGAAUCUGGGACAUUUUAUAUGAAGAUGAUCCUGUAGCUGUAGGGUCUGUGGAGGAAGGUCUUUGCUGUACUUAUUCUCCGUCCGGUCGGGUCUUGGCUGUAGGGACUCGAGAAGGAAAUGUCAGCUUUUGGCAAGCAGCAAUGUCAGUCAAGCCACUGCUUUAUCUCUGUAGACUGGUAAUCCGGCGACAAACUCCUCCGGAGAAAGUUGAGAAACUAUUCAUUCCAAAGCGGCUCACAAAUUACCUGUUGUACAAAGAAUUAGUAUGACUGCAGCUCAGAGUACCUUCUUUUUUCUUGUUUUACUCCUCCUUCCCCUGGUGGGUAGAGUGGAGUUAUAGAAAUUAUUACAGAAUUGUCUAUGUGUACACCAAAGCAAGUGUCCUUUAAAGAAGAGGCAUCAACUGCACACACCCAAAGGUUAAAAAAUAUUUUAUGGAAAGUUAAAUAAGGACACUAGAGACAGUUCAGUGAGUUCAAUGUACAGAAAGUUUCUUGUUGUAAUUGAUUAAAAAAUAUUUGAUACUUGUACAGUUUUGUUGAUGAAUUCUCUUUCUGUUUUAUUUUAGAAAGAUGAUAUUCUAAUGUCACUCCAGAUUUUUGAAGUACAUCAAAAGAUCUGACUCAUGAGGUGACUUCAGAAAGAAAAUGGACAUUGGUGUCUUGAGUUAUGUGCCAAGAAUUUAAGUUUACAAGUUUGUUUUAAAAAAAGUGGCAAGAAUAUUAUUACCAUAUCAAUAACUAAAGAUUUAUUAUUUACUUAAAUGAUUUAUUGAUUUUAAAGUACUACUUUCUGUUAUAAAAUCUUACCACUGAUGGAAGUUUUGCAUUGAAGGAUUAAAAGAAAUAAAAUCU